UUGUCCCUUUUUUGGUCCCUUGCUGCAAGUCGGGUGCACCUUUUAGAAACUUCCUGAACACUGGGUAAACUCCAAAGAGAAUACCCUCAAGCUUCAGCAGGACAACCCUCGAUCCUUCCCACAUGGAAGUAUAUAAAGACCAAAUUCUGCAAGGUGGGAAUCAAACCAAUACUCAGUGGUGCCAGGCCAGCGACUAUGCCACUAGACCAAUCCCUUUGUUGUGCAACAGCACACAGAUGCAUGGACAGACGGCCAAAUGAAUGAAGGCAAUCUCGAAUGCUUAUUCAUAUGAAACCUUUAUAUAGGACUUAAAAAGCUUUAAUUAAUGAUGGCCCUGUAAAGGUUACGCAGUUAGCGAACACAUGUUGCUGGUCUCUACAUGUUGUGUGUACAUAAGUUGUAUACAAAUAUCAGCUUAAUUCCACCUUUAUCAUAAACAUUCUGUUUGUAUGGGCCACAACGACCAAUAAAUGCCCAAGGUUUCUCUUUGUGAUUGCAGUAGCUAUCUCGCCUUAGAUUGUUAUACAUGUAAGGCUGCAUUCAGCACAGCUAUGGACAGAUAUAUGCUUCUGUACUUUUCGCCAAUUUGAUAAUAGUCUUAAAAUUUGGGGAAUUAAGAAAGGUCUUGAUAAGUUACUGUGUUUGAAAUUCAAAUUGACAUGCUUGUUGCUGCUAAGCGUGCACAAAUUACAAAUAUAUUAAGGUCGUCGGUAUCUAGAUGUAAACCAUAUCUCCAGAAGAACUAUAUUUUAGAUAUGGCAACUUCUCAGUAAAUUUUGGGUUACCGGUAUUAUGAUUAUGAGUCUAGAGGUGUGCAGACACAGAAAGUAAUAACUAGUGUUGAUGUAACUAUCUUAUACCUAUCUUGCUCGAGUUGUGAUGAAAUAGAGAAAGCAAUCAGUCCUCAUGCAAGCACACCAGGAAAGCCUUUAGAAUUAUGUACUAUAGCAGCUAUUCAAGGUUGUUAUUAUAAACUAUGUUGACAAGUCACAGUCCCUGCCCUUAUUAUUAAACUGCUGAUUCCUAAUAAUUUUGCAGGUUUAUCUUUAUUUAUUUAUCAAUAGUUAAAUGACAGGUAUUGAGGCGUGGCAGUUGCUCAAUUUAGAUGUGUUGAUGCGUGUGUACUGUAGGAAAUGAUCUUGUUCUCACCAAAAUGUCAGCAGAUUGUGACUUUUCGAUUGGCACAAAAGCUUCUUGAUAAAUACCGUUCACCUCCUCGCCACCUUAAUUCUUCUCCCAUGCACGGUAGAGCGCUUGCACAAUGCUCCUGCAUCAGCUGAUGACCGAGCAGCUGUCUCCUCAUAGUGUGCUGAUCAUACAACAAUCGUCAUCGUACUAAUAAUCGCAUUCGCGUGUAUCAAUCAGCACCUGCAGGCUCCUCUGUCGAGUGCAACCUUGCGUGGAAAUGUCACGGCGUCUCUCAAUUUUCUUCUGUUGUUCUCUGUUAGUCUCAAGUAUACACAAGUCUCUAUCAGCUUUCGUCAUCGAGGAGAGCGAGAGUGGAAAUGUGUGUCUACACGCCGAGCGGACUCUCGAUCUUUCUGCUGGAAAUGAAGUCACACUAAACGGACAAACAGUGGCGUCCAUGAUCGAGACCAGCAUUCAGAGUCUCGUCGAGAGAGUAACGCUUUUGGAAGAGACUCUAGCCAACAUGACUGCAGUGCAACCAACUUCACCUUACGUCAGCAAUUGCAAUGCGCCAAGGAGCUGCAAAGAAAUCAACGUCAGCGGGAAAGAAAGCAGUGGCGUGUACGCUAUCGAUCCUCAAGACGGAUUCGGUCCAUUCCACGUCUACUGUGAUAUGAAGACGGAGGGUGGAGGAUGGACGGUCUUUCAACGUCGUCUAGACGGCUCUGUCAACUUCUAUCUCGGCUGGAGCAGCUACAAGAACGGAUUCGGAAAUCUGGACGGUGAAUUUUGGUUGGGACUUGAUAAAAUCCACCGACUGGCCAAAACAAAGCAAGAUCUACGGAUCGAUUUGUCAGACUUCAAUGGUAAUAAAAAGUAUGCCAGAUAUUCUGGUUUUACUGUUGGAGGUGAGAGUACCGAUUACCUAAUGCAUUGUGGAAAAUAUUCUGGGAAUGCUGGGGAUUCUUUCUCAUAUCACAACAACACCAAGUUUUCAACAAAAGACUACGAUAAUGACAAGUGGUCUUCAAACUGUGCUACUGAAUUCAAGGGUGCAUGGUGGUACAAGCAUUGUCACAGAUCCAAUCUCAAUGGCCAGUAUUUGAGAGGGAAUCAUAGCAGGGAAGCAGUCGGUGUCAACUGGUACACAUUUAAGGGACAUUAUUAUUCACUCAAGUUCACCGAAAUGAAACUACAACCAGAACAGAAAAAGUACUAGACACAUUUUUAAUUCUUCUACAGCAUGUGUAGACACGAUUUGAGAUAAACCAAAUGACUGAAUAUUAAUGCAGUCAUUCGGAUGCAAAUUUUUGCACAAUCUAGCUAAUAACUUCAUAUUAUAUCUACAUUAAUACACAAAAUAUAUCACAAUC